AUGAGCUUACCGAUGGUCCGCGCGCAAAACCGACUCACUUUCCGGACAUUCGGACAGGCUCACAACCGAAAAAAUAGAGGAGUCUAUGAACGCGCGCCAUAUUUUCUUUCGCCAUCGGCUCUCCUGCCCACUCGAAGCAAGAAUGGAUCGUGCUUUUACUCGGAGUGUCUUGAAAUCUUCUCCUUCUUCUUCGCAUUGUCGAAGGAAAAGUCAAUUGCUUUUAUUCCUCAGAUUGAAGAGAAGGAGUGCUUCACAUUGCGUUGCUACGCAUCAAUGUGUACCAUUCAUUUGGCUUUAAGUUAA